GUGCGUGCGGUUGCGUGCAAACCACGCGUUUGUUUGCGUGCGCGUUCACGCUGGCCGUGCUGGUCCUGGUAGCCUGUUACUGGUACUGGCUGUGGCUUGCGCACGCGCGUGGAUGCAUCCGCGGCGUAUGCGCAGGUAGAAAAAAAAACCCCACAAGACAAAACGUCUUAUUUUUGGCGUUCUUUUGGACAUGGCGGUGACUCUUUCCCUUUUCCAAAUUUGAGAGGAUUACGUGAGGAACCAUGACGUCGGGCCAGGAUGAAAGUUCGGUUCGUGUGGCGUUGAGGAUCCGUCCGCAACUAGCACGGGAGAAGAUCGAAGGAUGCCACAUCUGCACGUACGUGAUGCCCGGCGAGCCUCAAGUCAUCCUCGGCAAGGACAAAUCCUUCACGUACGACUAUGUGUUCGACAUGGACUCGCAGCAGGACGCCAUCUACCAAACUUGCACCGAAAAGCUGAUCGAGGGCUGCUUUGAGGGAUACAACGCCACCGUCUUCGCCUAUGGACAGACUGGUUCCGGUAAGACCUACACCAUGGGUACGGGCUUCGACGUCAACAUCGCCGACGACGAGCUGGGCAUCAUCCCCCGGGCCGUCCACCACCUCUUCCGGGGCAUCGAGCGGCGCCGGCAGGCCGCGCAGGAACAGGGACGCCCCGCGCCAGAGUUUAAGAUCAACGCUCAAUUCCUGGAGCUAUAUAACGAGGAAGUUCUGGAUCUGUUUGACUCAGUGCGGGAUGGGAAGCAGAAAUCUCACAUCAGGAUUCAUGAGGAUGCCAACGGGGGCAUCUACACCGUGGGUGUGACCACACGCACUGUGUCCUCCGAGGCCGAGAUGAUGCAGUGCCUGAAGCUGGGCGCUCUGUCUCGCACCACCGCCAGCACGCAGAUGAAUGUCCAGAGCUCUCGCUCGCACGCCAUAUUCACCAUCCACUUGUGCCAAGUCAGAGUCUGUGCCUCCCCCGACAAUCAGGAAGACGGCGACAAUCGGGUCUCCAAUGGCAACGGAGACAUGGACGAGUAUGAGACGCUCAGUGCCAAAUUUCACUUUGUGGACUUGGCCGGCUCCGAGAGGCUCAAGAGGACAGGCGCCACGGGAGACCGAGCCAAGGAGGGCAUCUCCAUCAACUGUGGACUGCUGGCUCUGGGGAAUGUUAUCAGCGCUUUGGGCGACCGCAGCAAGCGGGCCUCACAUGUGCCUUACAGAGACUCCAAACUGACCCGACUUCUGCAGGACUCCUUGGGAGGAAACAGCCAAACAGUGAUGAUCGCGUGCAUCAGCCCGUCCGACCGCGACUUCAUGGAGACACUCAACACACUCAAGUAUGCCAACCGCGCCCGCAACAUCAAGAACAAGGUGAUGGUGAACCAGGACAAAGCCAGCCAGCAGAUCAGCGCACUCAGGACGGAGAUCGCCAGGCUGCAGAUGGAACUCAUGGAGUACAAGACGGGUAAACGCUUGGCGGGCGAGGAUGGCGUGGAGAGCUUCAGCGACAUGUUCCAUGAGAACACCAUGCUGCAGACGGAGAAUGGCAACUUGCGUGUGCGGGUGAAGGCCAUGCAGGAGACCAUCGACGCCCAACGGGCGCGACUCACGCAGUUGCUCAGCGACCAGGCCAACCAGGCCCUUGCCAGGACGGGCGAAGGAGGCACAGAGGAAAUUGGCAACAUGAUUCAGAGUUACAUCAAGGAAAUUGAAGAACUCAGAGCCAAACUUCUGGAGAGUGAGGCGGUGAACGAGAGCCUGCGCAAGAGCCUCUCUCGUGCCUCCAACCGCCAGGCCUUCUACGGCGGUCCUGGCUCCUUCUCAUCUUCCUCCACCGCCCCUGAGAAGGAGACAUCCGACAUCAUCGAGAUGGCCAAGAAGGACCUGGAGAAGCUGAAGAAGCGAGAGAAAAAGAAGAAGAAAAGUGUCGGCAAGGAGGACAUUCCCGACAACGAGCAGAAGAGCAGUGACAAGGAGAACUACGCCGAGCGAGCCAGCGAUGAUGCCGACAUGGAUGACGCGCAGGAUGGCAGCGAGCACGACGAAGGGGAGGAGGAGGACGAAGAGGAGGAUGAGGACAUGGAGGUGGAGGACAGCACAGACGAUUCCGACUCGGAGUCGGACGAGAAAGAGAACUUCCAGGCGGACCUGGCCAACAUCACGUGCGAGAUCGCCAUUAAGCAGAAGCUGAUCGACGAGCUGGAGAACAGCCAACGCCGUCUGCACACGCUCAAGCAGCAGUAUGAGCAAAAGCUGAUGAUGUUGCAGUGCAAGAUCAGGGACACGCAGCUGGAGCGAGACCGUGUCCUCCAGAACAUGAACUCUGUGGAAAGCGGCUCGGACGACAAGGCCCGCAAAAUCAAGACUGAGUAUGAGAGGAAGCUGAGCGUGAUGAACAAGGAGCUGCAGAAAUUGCAGUCGGCCCAGAAGGAACACGCCCGCCUGCUUAAAAACCAGUCGCAGUACGAGAAGCAGCUACGCAAGCUCCAGAUGGACGUGGGCGAAAUGAAGAAGACGAAGGUUCGCCUCAUGAAGCAGAUGAAGGAGCAGCAGGAGAAGAAUCGCAUGAACGAGUCCCGCCGUAACCGGGAGAUCGCUUCCUUGAAGAAGGAUCAGCGCAAACAAGAGCACCAAUUGAAGCUACUGGAGGCUCAGAGGAGGCAGCAGGAGCUCAUCCUCAGGAGGAAGACGGAGGAGGUGACGGCACUAAGGAGGCAGGCCAGGCCCACCUCGGGGAAAGUCAUUCGGAAAAUCAACCUGCCAGAUCCCAACCAGGACUCGUCCCACCGUCCCCCUUCUGGACGUAUGUACUCUGGACACGGCGCUCCCAACGGCACCAGCAGGUCCUCUCCCAGGCGUGCUGGUGGAGUUUACUCCACCCGGAUGGCCCGCAACAAAUGGCAGUCUCUUGAGCGACGCAUCUCUGAUGUCAUCAUGCAGAGGAUGACUAUCUCCAACAUGGAGAAUGACAUGAACCGCCUUCUCAAGCAACGUGAGGAGCUGACCAAGCGCAAGGAGAAAGUGGUGAAGAAGCGAGAGCGCCUGGCCAGGGAAGGGUCUGAAGCAGAGAAGGCGGUGGUCCCGCUCAACGAGGAAGUGGACGCGCUGGCUGCCAACAUUGACUACAUCAACGACAGCAUUGCAGACUGUCAGGCCAACAUCAUGCAAAUGGAGGAGACCAAGGAGGAAGGCGACACCGUGGACGUCUCUGCCGUGAUUGGUUCUUGCACUCUGGCUGAGGCUCGUUUCCUGCUGGAUCACUUUAUGUCCAUGGCUAUAAACAAGGGUCUGCAGGCUGCCCAGAAGGAGUCCCAGGUGAAAGUCAUGGAGGGCCGCCUGAAGCAGACGGAGAUCACCAGCGCCACUCAAAACCAGUUGCUCUUCCACAUGCUAAAGGAGAAGGCUGAGUUCAACCCAGAGCUGGACGCGCUGCUCGGCAAUGCCCUGCAAGAAAACGGCGACGACAGCAGCAGCGACGAGUCGGCCGCCAGCCCGUCCGCAGACGGAAACACUGUGCCGGAUCUCAUGAAGUUCUGCGGUGAGACCAAGUCCAGGAAUAAGGCCCGCCGGCGGACCGCCACUCAGAUGGAGCUCCUUUAUGCCAACAGCGAGGCCGCCCCCGACACGGCCGAUUUCUCUGGCCCCUUAUUGCCGCUAGCAGAGACGCCAGACGGUGGCAGUGACUUUGCCGCGCUCUCGCCAGGCUUCUCCUCCAAAAUGUACAGCGUUUCGGGCUCCAGAAAGCCAUCGGGUGCUGAAAACCGAGCUUCGCCGGCACCCUCACCACUCUCUCGCAGGAAGACGUAUGACAAGGCCCAAGCGGCAGGCGACAGGGCAAAGCUCAAGGAGAUUAAACAGGGCGUCAUUCAUCCGGUGACGUCCACCAAGAGCCGCUCAACCUCGCUGCUGCAGUGCGUCCACGUGGCCGAGGGGCACAGCAAGGCCGUCCUCUGCGUCGACUGCACCGACGACCUGCUCUUCACUGGAUCCAAGGACCGCAGUUGUAAGGUGUGGAACCUGGUGACGGGUCAGGAAAUUAUGUCGCUGGCCGGACACCCCAACAACGUGGUGUCGGUGCGCUAUAGCUCCAGCCUGGUGUUCUCCGUCUCCACUUCCUACAUCAAAGUUUGGGACAUCCGCGACUCGGCCAAGUGCAUUCGGACGCUCUGCUCCUCCGGUCAGGUUAAUGUCGGCGACGUCUGUGCAUCCAACACCAGCCGGACGGUCACCAUCCCGGCAGGUGAGAACCUGAUCAACCAGAUAGCACUGAACCCCAACGGGACGGUCCUGUACGCCGCGGCCGGAAACUCUGUCAGAGUGUGGGAUCUACGAAGGUUUGCAUCCACUGGGAAACUCACCGGCCACCAGGGACCGGUUAUGUGUUUGACUGUGGACCAUUCGGGGAAUAAUCAGGACGUGGUGAUCACUGGCUCCAAAGACCACUAUGUCAAGCUCUUUGACGUGGGUGAAGGCACCCUGGGAAGCAUCAGCCCGAUGCACAAUUUUGAGCCCCCCCACUAUGACGGGAUCGAGUCUCUGGUAAUCCAGGGUGACUUCUUCUUUAGCGGCUCCCGCGACAAUGGCAUCAAGAAGUGGGACCUGGACCGCAAGGACUUGCUGCAGCAAGUCCCGAACGCCCACCGCGACUGGGUGUGCGCCCUGGGCGUGGUCCCCGGCUCUCCAGCCCUCCUGAGUGGCUGUCGAGGAGGGGUGCUUAAACUGUGGCACACGGACACUCUGGCUGGACUGGGCGAGCUCAAGGGUCAUGACAGCCCCAUCAACGGCAUCUCCACAAACGCCAGCCAUUUGUUCACCGCCUCUGACGACCGGACAGUGAAGAUCUGGCGUGCACGCAGCGGCGGACUGGACGGCCCUUUCGAGGCGGUCGACAAUGCGGCAGACGAAGGUGGCGAGUAACUGAACGCAUUCGCAGCACCUUCUGAUGGACACUGUUAUGAUGUGCACUUUGAUUCCCCCGAUGCUUCUCUCUAACCCCUAACACACAUACGGCCACUAAGUGAUACUCAAGGUUGCUUUAAGUACGUUUUCCGAACAUUAGAUAUUAUUAGCUGUAGUCUUGAAUGGAAGGUGUCGGGUUGCUAGCCGGUCUAAACAACCCGGCACUGCGCUUCCUGUUGCUGGAUGUCCUCAAGUCACCGCUUGUACAAGUGUCUUCAUGUGCCCCCCCCCCCCAAAAAAAAAAGCCGUCAGUCCCCUUUAGUGUUCUUUUAAGCCUUGUGACAUACAUACAAGGCAUUUUAGUUAAUUACGUGUUCAAAGGUGACAAUUGAUGCUGGAUGUGUCUUAUUCACGUAACGUAGAGCAGACUUGGUUGUGGGGUGCGCGGCCUUCAUGUUGCCAUGUAAUGCAAUCGGUCUUCUAUUCUUGGCACGUAAGUCU